AUGGAAUUGGAUAAACAAACGAAACCAGCGAUAUCAACUCUAUCACCAACAUUAGAUAUUAUGGAUACAAGUUUAAAAAAUUAUGUCUCCUUACAACAAAACUAUUUAGUCGAACGUAUACAACAUAAAAUAAUGAAAUUUAAGGAUGAACUUCGUGAUGAAAAAUUGUAUCGAGAUUUGUUUUCUUACAAUCUCAGCACUGUUCAACGACAAAUGCUUGAACAGAUCAUUCAUGUACGAAUGACACAAUUCCAAGUUUACGAAGAAUUUAUGAUGCUUGAACAACGUAUUUUACAUCAGUUUCUACCACCGAAUUUUGAUCAAUUUGAAAAGAUUACAACACCUGAUUUUUAUAGGUCACCAAUUACUGAUCAGACACUGGUCAAUAUACGAACAAAACAUCGUACAAUCUUAAAAGGAGGAAAACGUAAUUUACUAAAUCUGUUUUAUGCUGCCUAUGAAUAUAAAGUCAAUGAAUAUCAAGUACAGUAUAAAGAAAAUUUAAAUCAAUUAGAAUUACAACAAUUUUCUACUGAAAUUCAAAUCAAUGGCAUAUCUUUAAUCAACUAUUUCAAAGCUUAUAUGUUACAUCAUACUCAAACAGCUAUUGAUAAUAUAUUUCAUAAAUUAAGUCACUUUCGACAGAUCAUUGCUCAACGUUAUCAACAAUCAUCAGCUGCCAAGACAAUAGUCGGCGUAUCACCUGAAGUGAUUGUUGAUGUUCUUUAUUGUCCUUAUAAAUCUGAAGAAUUAUCUCACUUAUCCUUAGGUCCAAAUUAUGCUCGACCUAAUCCAAGUGCUCUUCGUAAGUUGAAACAUCGCGAAACACAAAUAGACCAUCAUCUGAAAGAUAUCACUACGAAAGUUAAAAAUCAAUUAACGAACUACUGUCGUAGAGAACCACCAGUCCCAAGAAUGAAACAUUAUUCUGAACUAGUUGAAAAUGUACUUCGACAACAUUAUAUGGCUCCAUUAUCCUAUGUUGAUCGCAUGCGUGCUCAACGAGAAUUCAAAUUAGUUAAAUCUAUUCGACGGAAGGCACAACAUGCGAAACUUAUUAUACGUAUUUGCGAUAAAGGUGGUGGUUUUCAUAUUGGUAGUAAAAAUGAUUAUGAAAGAAAAGCAGCUAAAUAUCGUGAUGAUACAAGAGCCUAUCAAGAAUUACCAUAUAAUCCAUUGAAGGAAAUAUUCACUAAUGUAACAAAUGCACUCAAUAUUCUCAAGAAUAAUAAGCAAUUACCACUCAAGGAAUACAAUCGUCUAAUGCCAAAACUGGAUCAAGUCAAAUUAUCUUACAUGUAUUUUAAUCCAAAACCACACAAGGAAGGAACACCAUUACGACCUAUUUUGAAUACUAUUAAAUCAGUAACAAGACCUAUUUCCGAUUUCUUAGAUGAAUACAUUCGACCUAUCUAUGAUCAAUAUAAUAAAGAGAAUACAAUUAUUGAUGGUGUAAAUCUUAUCAAAUGUCUGGAAAAAUAUGCUGCUGAUGGUCAUCUUAAACCGUCGACUCUUUUCUGUACUUUUGAUAUCAAUAACUUAUAUACCAUGCUGCCACAAGAUGAAUCCAUUCGAAUUCUAGGUGAAUUUCUUCAUACAUAUGUUGAAAAUGCUUUUGUCUACGAUCAUAAAUUCUAUAAACAGAUUAUUGGUGGUGCAAUGGGUUCACCAUUUACAUUAACUCUAGCCAAUAUAUUUAUGUGGCAUUGGGAACAACGUUGGAUUCGACGACAAUCUAGUAAGAAUGAAAUCUAUGGCCGAUAUAUUGAUGAUGUUUUCUUUACAUCGAACGAAUCCAUUGAACUAAUUCAACAAUUAUUACAGGAUGCUAAUGGAUGGCAUCCAAAUAUAAAAUUAGAAUCAAAUAUUGCAAAUAGUGUUCCAUUUUUGGAUGUACUCUUGACUAAUACUAAUGGAACUCUUCAUACAUCUGUUUAUCAUAAACCAUCAGCUGAACCAUAUGUUGUUCCAUUUCUUUCGGAUCAUCCACGAUAUACAUUUCCAAAUAUUAUAAAAACAGCUCUUGUUCGAGCCAUCCGAUAUUCAUCAAACUUCGAAGUUUUUAAUAUUGAACGACGUGCUGUUCGAUUGAUGUUAUUAUUUAAUGGUUAUCCGACCGGAUAUAUUGAUAGAGAAUUUCGAAAAAUCUUAGGAAACCAGAUAUCAUCAGAUUCAAUUCUGCCAACAGUUGAAAACGAAGAAAAAUUUAUUGAAUUACGCAAAGAAUAUAUGAAUCAACCUACUGCUCGAUCUUCUCAAAUCGAAGCACGUACCUCACAAUUCAAAGAAAACAAGGAAGAAUCUCACAUAGAACAACUUGUUCAAACAAGAACAACCGAUACAAAAAAAUCGAAAAAUAGCAAUUUUCGUGACGCAGUGAUUAUACACUAUACACAUGAAAAGCGACUUUCGACUAUGAAAAAAGAUAUGCAUAAGAUUUUUCGUGAAGCUUUUGAAGGUUAUGGUUUAGAAGCUCUUAGACUUAUUGUCGGUCAUCGAAAUCAUCCGAAUUCUGAACGUGAAUUAACACGUAAACGACCACCUCUCAAAUAUCUUACAUUAAAACAAGAGGAAAGUAAGAAUUGUUGUUACGAAUAG